AGCGGUUAUCACCGUUUGCGAGACGACGCUGUUCCCACAAUAUUCCAGCCAUGUCCUCAGGGAAAGAUGGCACUGAGUGGUACAAACAGGGAAAAGACGAUGGGAAUUGUAUGCGCCAGCGAAUGCCUCAGUGAUGGCGGUUCUUUACCUGCUGCUGCUCUCAGGAACCCUGACACUAGUUCAGAGACGGGCUUCAGCAUAUCUCAAGAUGGUUCCGCCUUUGUUCUGGGUUAUUCUGAUCCUCAAGAGAAAGUGACUGAAAGUGUAUGCUUGUACGAAACAUCAUCGCCUGAUGUGCUGCUCUCCACAAACCAGGCGGGGCUAGAGACCACACCGCCAGCUGUCAUUUACCUCAUCGAAGUGAAUUCACAGUCUGUGGAGAUCGAGGGAGCUGGUAAUACAGAGAAAGCUUCCAAGGACAUCUCAUCGCCUCAACCUGUCUCCCUGACUGAGCAGUCAGCUGACUGUCAGGUGGAGCUGGAUAAUGACAGGGGCCCUGUUCCCAUUGCUUUGUACAUGGCUCGCAUUCCCAGCCCGCCUCCUAAACCUGGGGCCUACAUUCCUGUUGAGCACAGUUAUACUGUAGGCUGCCCGCUGGUCUGGAAGAUGAAGGCAGAGGCUCUGAAGGAGGCCUUUGAGAAGGUCAGCAAGGAGCUGCGGGCCAGCAGGAAGCGUGAGAGUCGCUUGCGGGCACGUAUCACCUCCAUUUUGAGACCGCGAAGUCGAGUGCUUCGAGACAGAUGCAUGGAAUCGGACUUGACUGAGGACUACCAGUCACAGUUUGAAGUGUUUGAGGUGCAGGUGGUGGAUGAGGCUAUGGAUAUAUAGCUACAAACAUUUCAGCUCACUCACCUGUUUAACCAAUGCUGCUGAGCUCCCACCCACUCCUCCGUGAGCACCACCAGCAGCAAAGCGUGUGGAGAGCAGUGAUACUGGGGAGGGGAGAGAGGUCAGGCAGGGGAAAAGACUUGAAGGAGGGGGAUGGGAGAAAGGAUGGGGGUAGAGGGUUGGAGGAGAAUGGGAGGGCAGGAGAGGAUAGGAGAGGGUUGAGGUGGGGGUGGGAAGAGGAGAGAUAGAGACACGAAGCAAAGUGGCUGAGUGGAAGGUGGGACCUCUGACACAGUCAUCCAGGGAGAUUUUCCCAGCUAUAUAGAGUGACAGAUAUCACCAUGGGUCACUCACCCUGAGUUAUACAGAGCUAUUUUUAAUCCGUCACUGGGUUUUACUGGGUGUGAGGUGUAACCUUUGAAUAUUUUACUGUUUAAGAUAAAAAAAUAAAUGUUCUCACAGUGAUUGAUCUCUAUGAUUGAGAACAUUGGCUGCUCUGCAAAACACGAGCAUUCUAAGUCAUUGGACAUUCAGCCCCAGUCAUCACCCUCUUCUCCUGCAUUUCAACCCCCUCAUGCACAUGUUUUCCAUUUGUGUAGGGAAUAUGCAAUCUCUGCACAAAGACUACUUGUCUCCUGGUGUUAUCUUGUAAUAGUGCUCGGGGUUUGGCUGUUCUGACCUUCUCCCUCCAGGACAUGGCUGAUUCACCAUAGUUUGUCGGAAAGCUGGAGAUCGUACAGGGAGAGACUGAUGUGACUCGACUAUUGCAACACAUCCCUGGCUGGCCUCCCACAUUCUACUCUUCAUAAACUUGAGGUUAUCCAAAACUCUGCUGCCUGUGUCCUAACUCCCACCAAGUGCUCUGUGACCUACAUUGACUCCCAGUUACACACACCUCAAUUUUACAAUUCUCAUCCUUCUUUAAGUCUCUCCAUGGGCUCACCCCUCCCUAUUUCUGUAAUCUCCUCCAGCCCCACGACUCACUUGUAUGUCUAUGCUCCUCUAAUUCUGUCGUCUUGGAUAUCCUCAGUUUUAAUUAAUUCACCUCUGGCAGCUGUGUCUUCAGCUGCUUAGCCCCUAAGCUCUGGAAUUCCCUCCACAUUCCUCCUUUGAGACACUCCUUAAAAACUACCACUGAUCAAUUUUUAACCAUCUCCCCAUAUAUCCCCUUAUGUGGCUCAGUGACAAAUUUUGCUUUAUAAAGUUCCAGUGAAGCACCUUGGGAUGUUUAUUACAUUAAAGGUGCUGUAUAAAUGCAAGUAGUCGUUGUAAAGCAACAUGUAAAACAGCACACAGUACCUGCUGCACCCAGAUCUCAUUCAGGGCAACUACUCUUGUCAUUCCACACCUCGUCUCUCAGUUUCAUAAUAAAACGCAAAAAAAUUUGCAAAAGUACGUU